GCAACUCGAACGCGCCUUCGACAUCGCUGUUUGUGCUUGUUUAUUUAGGUUGUGCUCGCCGCCGAGUAGUGUUGUAGGUAGACUUAUUGUUUUCGAGUUCGCUUUUUUGUUUGCCGCUUCCUUCGCUUGUCUCCCGUGACACCUGUGCUAUGCGGUGCCGAGUGCUGCUGGUACGUGCGCUCGGAACGAGGGAAGCCACCUCAGCAUGAUCACCAAAGAAGCAACAGCGGCAGUUGCUGAGGCGGUGAAAGCCCUUGAACGCUUCCGAGAGUCUCUGAGUCCCGCUGCCGCCGCUGAGCACGAAGAAGACCUCAAUGCUCUACUCGGAGUGCUGGCAGCGGACCCAGUGCUGGGACGCGUCUUGGCACUGCAGGACUCACUGUCUCAGCUGCGACGGCACCUCCAGCGGCACCCUUCGCUUCUGCCCAACGACUUCGACUUUUGCCCACAGACGGGCGCGCUCACCCUUGGUGCUGGCGCCGUUCAGCUGGGCGAGGAUGAGAUCGACCGCGAGGAGACCAGGGACGAAGAGGACGAGGACGAAGAGGAAGACGACAACAAUAACAACAACAACAACUCGGACUCUUGUGAGCCGAGCUCCGAAGCCGACCAGAGCCUUUCGCACUCGGCGUCUGCUGCCGGGGCCGUGCUGCACUACUCACCCGAGCUGAGUGGGUCAUCAGUGGUGCACUGUGGCGGCCGGGCUGUGACGACACCGGGCUACCUGGAGGAGUUUGAGCGAGCGAUAGUGAGGGGCGCAGCGGGGCGACAGGUGCUCCACGUGGAGCUGGCCAGGCCGCCCGGUGCCAGCUUGGGAUUCAGUGUCGUCGGACUGCGGUCACCAUCCAGGGGCGAGCUCGGCAUCUUCGUCCAGGAGCUGCAGCCGAACGGCAUUGCCCAGCGGGAUGGACGCCUCGAAGAAGGAGACCAGAUCCUGGCGAUAGACGGCCAGCCACUGGACAGCAACAUCUCGCACCAGCAGGCCAUUGGCAUUCUCCAACAGGCCAGGGGAACCGUGCAACUUGUGCUUGCCCGGGGUACACCGGUCAGUGCCACUCCACCCGCCACCCAAGGCACCCCUCCCCCUCAUUUGCCGUCGAGUUCCCUCUCCGGAUCCGCGACUGCUGGAAGCACCAAGUCGGCAGCCGACCGGGAAGAAGCCAUGGUGCUGGGCACAGAGUGGGCCGAGGUGGAAGCUGUCGAGCUGCUCAACGAUGGCUCGGGCCUCGGGUUUGGCAUCAUUGGUGGCCGCAGCACGGGUGUCGUCGUCAAGACUGUUUUGCCUGGCGGCGUUGCAGAUCGGGAUGGGCGGCUGCAGAGCGGGGACCACAUUCUGCAGAUCGGCGACGUCAACUUGCGUGGCCUGGGCUCGGAGCAGGUGGCCUCCGUCCUGCGUCAGGCAGGGGCCCGAGUGCGCCUCGUGGUGGCGCGCCCCUCAGAGUCCGGUGACCUGCCGGCGCCUCGGCCCGCAUCGCUGCCGCCGCCCCUUGUGCUGCCCACCCGGCUCCUUGCCGACGCCGAGGAGCUGGAGCGGCGCCUGCAGAUCCACAGUGCCACCGUCGCCAUGGCAGCGGCCACAGGGGGGAAGCCCGGGUCACCUCUGCUUUCUGAAAUGGCGCUGGACGAACUUCCCGAGACCGAGUCCUUCGAAGUGGAGCUAGUGAAAGACCAGCAGGGAUUGGGCAUCACCAUUGCUGGCUACGUCUGUGAAAAGGGCACCCAAGAUGAGAUCUCGGGCAUCUUUGUGAAGAGCAUCGCUAAGGGGAGCGCCGCGGAUGCCAGCGGCUGCAUCCGCGUCAACGACCAGAUCAUCGAAGUGGAUGGCCGGCCCCUCCAGGGUUACACCAACCACCAAGCCGUCGAGGUGCUCCGCUCGACAGGCAAGUGCGUGAAGCUGCGACUAGCUCGGCACCUUCGCGGGGCCCGCUACCUUCAGCUGCAGCACGCCGUUGCGCUCUCGGACGCCAGCAGCCUGCCACCGCUGCCGACCACGCCAACGCUGACGCCGGGACACGUGACACCGGUGUCGUUGCCGGGUAGCGCCCCGCUGACACCGGAGCAGCCACCACCACCCCUGCGGUCACCCGUGGAAGACGGCCUUGUCACCAGUGCUGUUACAGACAUGACCUCCUUUGCUGCUCCAGAAGAGGAGGAUAUGUUGUAUGCUGGUGAGCUGGAUCCAAAAACGGAGGCAUCUAUCAUGGCCCACUGGAGCAAGGUGGUGGGGCCGGACUUCGAGAUUGUGGUGGCCCAGCUAAGCAAGUUUGAGCCUGGAGGAGGCCUUGGCAUCUCGCUCGAGGGCACGGUCGACGUGGAAGAUGGCCGAGAGGUGCGCCCGCACCAUUACAUCCGCUCGGUGCUGUCUGACGGCCCUGUGGGACUCAACGGCCGCCUGCGCCCUGGCGACGAACUGCUUCAGGUGAAUGGGCGUCAACUGCUAGGUCUGCACCACCGCGAGGUGGUGGGUGCCCUGAAGCAGCUGCCCCUGCACGUGCGACUGGUGUGUGCCCGCCCCCUUCCCCCGCCCCUGCCCCUGCACGGACCACCCCCGGUCAGCACCGCCUGGCGGUCGCCCUCGCGGGCAGCCUCCGACGAGCCGGACCCCUUUGCGUGCGAUGACAGCAGCAGCUACAUGGGUAUGGCGCAGAGUCCUCUGGCGCAGCGGCCCUCGUCGUCGUCGUCAGCGUCCCCGCCGCCGCCCCCCCUGCUGUCCGGCUCGCUGCCCGCCCUGGUCAAGGCCAAGUCGGAUGGAUCGCUGGCCCAGUCGGACUGGGAGGAGGGCCUGCCCGGCGGGGGCCCCCUGGUCAAGCUGCGGUCACGUUCCCUCGAGCCCCUGACGGGCCUCGCCAUGUGGAGCAGCGAGCCCCACGUGGUUGAGCUGCUCAAGGGGGACCGGGGCCUUGGCUUCAGCAUCCUUGACUACCAGGACCCGAUGAACCCGAGCGAGACGGUGAUCGUCAUCCGCAGCCUGGUUCCCGGCGGUGUGGCCCAACAAGACGGCCGGCUCAUCCCGGGCGACCGGCUGCUCUUCGUCAACGACGUGCCGCUGCAGCACGCGGGGCUCGAUGCCGCCGUGCAGGCCCUCAAGGGGGCGCCCCGGGGCAUCGUACGCAUCGGCGUCGCCAAGCCGCUGCCCCUGCCGCCCCCCGACUCCAUGGGCGGCGGCGCGCCCGUCUCGUCCGCUUCCUGCACGCAGCCCGAGCCACCCGAGAAUUCUAUAUCAGUGGACUCGGAUGAAAUCAGUGCCAUCCAGCCUCCAGAUGAGCUCUGGAAGGCGUCUUCAGGGACCGUUGUUCUACACAACACAGGUGGAUCUUUAGGUCUGAAGCUGCGCUGGCAGCACGGCAUCUGGACCAUCUCGGACGUGGAGCCCGGCUCUGCUGCGGCCAGGCAUGGGGAGCUACGCGUCGGGGACAUCGUGCUCUCCAUCAAUGACCAGAUGCUCUCGGAAAAGACGCAGGGCGAGGUUGCUGCCAUCCUCGCUCUGGUACAGGAUCUCAGCGUGGUCUUCAUCAACUAUCUCAGGGAGGUGGAAGGAGAGCCUGCGGAACCGCCUCCACCGAGUCCAUCAGUGGAGAAGGUCAAAAUGCGCAAGGUCAACGGAUUCAAGGAGGAGGUCGUCAAAGCGGGUAGUACGUCAGCGCCGGGACGACCUCGUCGGACAUCCCUACUCGUGCCAUCGACUGGUCCGCUGGGCCUAUCGCUUCCGCGGCGUCACUCGACGGCCCCUGACAUGGAGACGAUGGUGGCCGCAGUGCACAACAUUGCCUCGUCAUACGUGCCUUCGCUCAGGGAUUCCAUGUCAUCGUCAAAAGAGCUGCUGGUCCCGUCCAGCCGAAGCCCGACUUCGACGCCCAGCCCGAGCGCCUCGCCGCAGCCCUCGUGGCCGGCGCGGACGCCCUCGCCACUGCUGUCGCCACCCGUCCACCCUCUGCAGCAUCUUUCCUCUUCCCUGCACCAGCAGUGGGGUCCCGAGCGCGAGGUCGAGCUGGUGCGCGAGCUGCCUCAGCAGCGAAACCUGGGCAUCAGCAUUGUGGGCGGUCACGUCGACCUCUUCCGGCACUCGCAGGAGGGCGGCCCCGUCGACAGCCGCAGUGGCGUCUCGGGCAUCUUCGUCAAGAACGUGCUGCCGGACAGCCCGGCAGGCCGGCUGGGAGCCUUUGGUCGGGGUGAUCGUAUCCUUGAGGUGGAUGGCAUUGACCUUCGAGAAGCGACACACGACCGAGCCGUGGAGGUCAUCCGGAAUACCGGGACCCACGUCAAGUUCAGGCUACAAUCUCUUCUACCUACGCCCAAGGACAGCAUUGACGAUGCAAGCCAGGAGGCUUCGCCACGGUUACUCUCACCACAGCCUUCAUUUGAAGCCGUGAGCCCUCAGCGUAGUCCCUUGGCGGUGACCAAGUCGCUGUCGCGUGAGUCUCGCCUCAGCGUAACAUCCCAGCUAAGCCGGAGUGCCAGCCAGGGUAGCCAGGAAGGUUUGGAGCCACCCCCAGAGCCCACCAAGAAAGUGCUCACCAUGCAUGGUGUGGAGAUCGACAUGAACAGUGCGGGAAGCAUCACGCGUGAGGAGCUCUCUGAGGACGAGGAAGAGGAGGAAGACGUCUACGGCUACACCAUGAAGAAGAUCGAGCGCAAGUAUCAGGAGCUCAAGCUGGCUGGCGGGGAGCUGCUCCUCGUGGAGCUGCAGAAGGGACCCAGUGGCCUCGGACUCUCGCUAGCCGGCAACAAAAACCGCAGCCGCAUGAGUGUCUUUGUCUGCGGCCUCCACCCAAAUGGCCAGGCUGCCCGCGAUGGCCGCAUACGGGUGGCCGAUGAGCUCCUCGAGGUGAACGGGGUCGUAAUGUACGGCCGGUGUCACCUCAAUGCCUCGGCCAUCAUCAAGAGUCUUCCGGGCCCCACGUACAAGUUCGUCCUUCACAGGAGAGAAGACGCAGUGGAGGACAUGGCCGUAAAGCCCCUCACUCAGUACCCGAUGCAACUAGACGAGCAGGGGCACGAAAUAAAAUAUGCAAACUACCGAGGGGUCAGGACUGUUACCGUGAAGAAGGGGACACACGGCCUGGGCAUCAUGAUCCUGGAAGGUCGCCACGCGGAAGCCGGCCAGGGCAUCUUCGUCUCAGACAUUCAGGAAGGGAGCCCCGCCCACCAGGCUGGCCUCGGAGUGGGUGACAUGAUCCUCGAAGUCAACGGCACCGACGUCACUGGUGCCGAUUACGACACGGUGGCGCAGCUCUUGAAGCAGGCCGAAGGGGUGCUGACGCUGAUUGUGGCGAGGCCCAUGGGUAACGUGGUGCCGCUGCUCAAGAAGAAGGCCGCUUCCAUAGAAACCCAGGAGCCCUCGCGGACGGUCCCGUCCAACCGCAAAAGCACGGUGGGCUCCCUGGCACUUUCGCACUGUUCGUCGAAAUGCCGGCCCUCUCCGUCAUCCCCCGACGGCCGCCUGCCAUCGCCCCUGCUGUCUCCGCUGCGGCCGGAAACUGUGGCCGAACACACGCCAGACCAGACGCCCCAGAAGCCGGACAGCGGCACCACCUCGCCGGCAUCGGACGUCAUCCGGCCGGGCCGCCCGACGGCCAUCGAAAUCACCAAGGAGAAACUGGGUCUGGGCCUCAGCAUAGUCGGCGGUUCCGACACGCCUCUGGGUGCAGUCAUCAUCCACGAAGUGUACCCCGACGGUGCUGCUGCAAUGGAUGGUCGUCUUCGACCUGGUGACCAAAUUCUGGAGGUGAACGGCGAGGAUCUGCGAGAGGCGUGUCACGAAGCUGCCAUUGCCGCUCUGCGGCAAACUUCGUCGGUGGUGCGGAUGCAGGUGCUUCGUGAGGAAGAGCCGCAGCAGGACAUCCUCACUGUCGAGCUGCACAAAAAGGCCGGGCGCGGUCUCGGCCUGAGCAUCGUGGGCCGGCGCAAUGCACCGGGUGUCUUCAUCUCUGAGGUGGUGCGUGGUGGAGUAGCACAGUUGGACGGCCGCCUCUGCCAAGGUGACCAAAUCUUGGAAGUUAACGGCCACAGCUUGGCGGCUGCCAGCCAGGAGGAAGCGGCUGCCCUGCUCAAGACCACCAUGGGCCGCAUCUGUUUGCGCGUGGGGCGCCUGCGCCGGGCACCAUCGCAACGUGCCACUCAGGUGCCCGUGUCACGCUCGGACUCCACUGCUAACGGACCCAUGACCGUGACCCUGGAACGAGGCUCAGAAGGCCUGGGUUUCAGCAUCGUCGGCGGUGCGGGGUCGCCGCAUGGCGACCUCCCCAUCUACGUGAAGACAGUGUUCGAAGAAGGUGCCGCGGCUCGCGACGGCCGACUGCGCCGCGGACAUGCCAUUCUGUCGGUCAACGGCCACUCGCUGGAAGGACUGUCGCACCAGCAAGCCGUCGAACUGCUCCGCGACGCCCGCGGAACCGUCGAACUCGUUGUCCUCGACACGUCGGUCUUGGAGACGGCAGCGCCAAGCCCCGCGCAGAGUCCGACGACGACAACGCCGCCGGCAUCGCUGUUUGCCGUGACUGAUCAUUCAUCGUGAUGACGAUGAACAUGUGGUGUGCUACUCGGUGAAGUGCGUGCAGCAACGUUGAAGUGCUACCUUUGUGCACAUUGUGGCAGCAGUGUUAUCCGCCGGUAAGGCCACGUGAAGCCUUUCCUCGUGCAACAAAAAGAAAAACUGAUGUGGAAAAGAAGUCACUGCCCACCCAAUGCACUUGGGAAAUCUUUUUCUCCUUGCAAAAACAGGCGCGCCUGCAGUGCACACGUUUUCAAGGGUACAGCUCGCUUUAUUUUCCAUCUCUGUUUUGAUCUUAACACUCCUACAAACACAAUCCAUGCAGCUGUGUCAAGCGUGCCUUUAUCCAGACGAACGGGGGGAAAAAGACAGUACAUCUCUUUAAUUUUGCGUAUGCGACUGAAGUGAGUGCGUGAAUUCCUUGUUUUUUCCCCUCCGGGCAGGUUCCCGGAUUGUGCGUAAGCCAUGGCUUUGCAGGUGCCAUUGAAGUUGUGUCAUUGCCUGGUGUGUUUUUUUUUUCUUUUCAUCUUUCACCAGUGUCACUGUAGGUACCUCGCACUUUCUUUUAGUGUCUCGUUACCGUCAUUUUAGUUAGGGUCAUUAUCACUUGUACUGUCGCUUCAUCUAGAAACUGGUGCCGAGGGGGGAGUCGAGUGCCGCGGGGUGCUUGUUGCGUUGUUCGACGAUGUUCAAAGAGACGUCUUUUCUCUCGUUGAAGGCCAUGGCAUCUCUUUUGUUACUUCUUGGAUGCUCUUGCAUUUUCUUCACCUGCUUCUUUGGAGUCUCUAACAGAAUGCCCCGUGCACACGAAACAAAGCUUAAUGCAUGAAAUUUGUGCAAACAGCCUCGAAAGAAGCCGAUUGAUACAAGAACAAAUGUGCUCUAAGCAAUCGGAUCUGCUUUAAAUAUGGGCAGAGGUGGAACAAAGAGGUGUUUGAGGCCCUCCGACAGAUAACUACCGUAAUCAAGAGAUAAACAAAGACAUGUGAGGUACAUUUGCAUGCACGCAUGGCCAUCGCUCCUUCUUCUCCUUCACCUAAACACAGAGAAGCGCAGCUGUUUCUUUUUUUCUUUCUAAUUUUAUCGGAGAUGCUACAUGGGACCAUUGAAGUCGAGUUCGGUCAAUCCCUCCAUCACCGGUGAAUACGUUGGCAGUUUCGCGGCAUUUUCUUAGCGGGCAGACGUACCUGCCCAGGCGACACAACUAAACUUCCCGGAUCAUGUUGUUGUUUGCAUCCUCCCUCUUUUUGAGAUGGUUUAAGUCGUCGUCGCGAGGGAAGUACCCCACGAAGGGGUUAUGGGGAUGACUUUUCCUGAGCACUUUGGGGGGGCCCCUGCGCUGAGCGUCGCGGUAGUUGUAAAUCUCUGGGUGCCAUCGUUCGGGCCACACUUCUUGCAGCUUUGCACUCAAUGGGACCAAAAACCAAGUUGCACACGUCGAAAACACUCCACACAUAGACACACAGACAACACUCGGAGAGUGCACGCUACACUGGUAGCGCACUGGAGUCGGGGAAAGCAACAGUCGAAAGGGCACCAGAUUCUGCGUCCUCUGUUCAUCUAGUGGGCAAAGUUGCAGUGUACUUGAUUAACGCCUUACAAGCAAAAAAAUCUCCCAUCACUCAUCUCUAUCACGUUGGUGCCAGUUGGCGAAUGAUAACCAACGCCAGAAUCAGACAUAGUUGUCCAUUUGGCGUGGACACGCGCAAAACGGGGUUUGCAGACGACGUCACGGAAGCAAUUUUACUUCCCGAAACGCAGUCAAGGACCAAAUACUAUGUACGAAUUGCAUAUCGUAUCUGCCGCUCAAGAAGCCCAGAGAAGAAUCUACACGGAAACUUUUAACGUAAACGCUUUCUUUUUCUUCUCUGCAAAAGCGAGCUUGAUUUACUGUUACAGGUGUCGACGAUAAAGUGUGCGCACUGCUGUUUAGAACAACAGAACCAAAUAUGCACUCAUGUAACUCGUCAUUAAAAAAAAUAUAUCUCACAUAGAAUUCUGUAUGGCCUAAUCAUCACCUGCUUAAUCGAGUUUCUAUUGUCAACUGUACCACCGCAUUUACGAUUUUUACGAUAAGAGCAUUGUCGGGGCAUCGUGCCUGUUGAAUGUGCUUUUUUUUUCCCGUGUAAGCAGGUGAUGAAUGUACUUGGAUGUCGCGACAUGUCCCGAUAAAAAACAAACAAAAAAAUUACCUAGAGGUAAACUGCGCAUCUUGCAUUUGUAGCGUUCGUCGCUGCAAAGUUUCGACCUUAGAAAUUGUAAACUGCCUGCACUUGCAGUUAUUUGAUUACUGCGCCACCUCGCCCUUGAUUUUUCUCAUUUCUUAGACGGACUGUGAUUUCGCACCGUGUACGAAGUUUUGCAGAGUUGGUGUCGCGUCUUGCGGUGCUUGCGAACCAGACAAAGUGUUGUGGAGUUGGAUUCCUGAAGAAACGUAGCGUAGUGGCAGAAGUUAUGACCAUCGCUACUUCUUGUAAUUAAAUUUUAACGCUUCACAUCAAGAGUCUCCCUUCUUGAUAACAACCCUCAUCUCAUAUUUGCUCCCAAGAUUUUAAAGCGUUUUCUUUCACUGUGCCAAUUGUUGGCUUUGCGCACGGUACAGAUAUGUCGGUUUUAUUUUGUGCUCUUUUUAAUGAAUCCAGAGAGCAUUUUUUAAUACAGUCUACAUUCACUGAAUGUGUUAAGGUUUUCAUUUUUGUGAUUUGCUUGCGUUUGGAGCAUGAAGUUUUAUCGGUUGGUGCAUUUUUAUCAAAGCCUGUCUCAUCGCUGUACUUUGAACAGUGUCUGAUUCGCGUGCCAUCAAAUUUUGUUGCGGCGAGCACGACGCGUACACCUGCAUUAUGUACAUCUAUGAAAAGUUGCACUGUCAGUGCAGAAAACCACACAUGUGACACACUUCGCCAAGUUUUUAGAAACACCACGUGAGCCUGAAAAUACAGUUCUUUUGUAAGGACGAUUGAAUGGAAAGGGCUGUUGGAAAGACACGAUUUUUUUUUCUCAAAUUCGAACUCAGUCUGCUUCUGUUAAUUCGACUAUAGCAGAACAGAUGGAACCAAUCAAGUUCCCUGACUGGUUGAAUUAAACCAGGCUGGGAAAGAAAUGCCCAAACAUGCCACUGCCGCGUUUCGCAGUAUUGGCCAGAUUGUGACGCUCACCCAGUUUUUACGGGCCCAAAGCUAAAUACAUCGCACACCCAAUUUUAAUGCACACCAAAUUCUAUGACGAAAAUGUAUUGUACUCCUAGUAGGAUGAAGCCUGCAUAGUUUACCGUCACACAACUGACAACUGAAAUUGGAUUUAUGCUUAGUAUUAUCCUAAACAGCUUUUUAUCAUUGUCUGUAAAAUGUAACAUAACGCACUCAUUGCGUCUGAUGUUCUUUCUAUGACCAUUGUGCUGCGGUCGCCAACAAAAUGGAGGCUACAGCUUAGGGCUGCAGCCACUUUACCAGUUCGUCUCGCGAUGUACGCUUCUCAAGAGCAGCAUGACUCUCUUGCCGCCACGUUACGUGAAAUAAUCUAACUUUUGAAAGAGUUUUCAUAAUUAUAACCCAGAAAGUGACACAUUGUCACUGCUAUAUACCACAUAAAUCUUUUUCUGCUGCUUGUUUUACGAUGAGGAUGGCUGAGACGAUAACUCUGACUGUAGGCACUUGCCCACGCCACGAAAUCGUUUUCAGUUUCACACCCAAUUGUAAAGCACGUGUAAUUGCCAACCAAUUUUUAUGUAAAAACGGCACGUUUUAUAAUCAGGCAGAUGUGUUGCAAAUCAGUUCUGCGAAAUCAUUCCGUGUGAGCUGUCGUUUUUGCUUCAACAAAUCUCUUAAAGGCAGGGAGAAAACUGCAAAUUUCAGCGUCAUUGAUCAACUUAUUGACUCACCAAAACCAAUCUGCUUGGCACGUGUGUGUUGGUUGGUGAUGCUCAGAAUAUUAUCCAGUGAAAACCGCUUGCAAGAUCGAAAUAACUAAACAUUUGGGCACUGGCCAGCAAGUUAGCCUAAAUUGAUUUUUCAGGAGUUUCAGAAAUAAGACUUCUGAAGUUGAGUCACGUGCAUGAUAUUUUGUUGACAUUAUGCUUUUAAUGGUGUAAGAAUAUUUGAAGGAAUGUGCAAAAAAUCAAGAUUUAUUUCUUUCAACACAUCAGUCUUGUCAGCUAGGAAGCUCAUAAACUAGCAAGUAAUAGUAUCUAGAGUUUACGUGCCAAUAAACUAGCGAGAUAUGGAAAACAACCACAGCUCCCAGUUGCCCUAAACUAAGGCACUUGAACUGCACCAUGUGCAAGGAUCUUUUUUUUUUUUUUUUUUUCGGGGCAGGAAGCUCUCAGUAAUCAUAAUCAUAUUAAUAUUCAGAGAACCCAAAUACGAAAUUUUUUAUUCAAACACUUCGAUUUGGAAGAAGCGUAGGGAGGCUGUUGGAAAUUUCGAACAUUCCCUCACUCCUAGUCAUUGCGUUUUUGACACCAUAGUCGUUGACUUUUUCCAAACACAAACACGGUUCCCAGUGCACAUGCUAGGAGCCAGCGAUCACACCUUACACAUGAACGUACGUAUAGACGAGUAUUUCCAAAACUGACAGUGCCACAGCACAGUCAAAUUCUGCACAAGUCGCGAGCAAACUGGGCGGGCUACACUUGCGCAACGAUACCGCGUCAAACAUUUGUGCUGUGUAUAAGAAGGUGGGAAGCGAAGCUUUGGCAAAAAGCGCGUCCAUUUUGUUAUUUUUUUCUUCUCGUCUUCAUCGCCGAGAACUACAUUGAGGGCAUCUUGGCGGGCGCUUCAUGAAAGGCGCACAUUACCUUGCUGCACUUUCCAGAGUUAUUUCGUUUCUGUUGCCACUAAUCGAGUAUAUCAGUGUGCUUCAAGCACCGAGAGCGUACAUGCCAACGACAUUGUAGAUAGCAUCACAUUUUUUUUGUGCUCUUUCGUGCUCUCAUGCUCAGUCGGCCAGACACAUCCUGGUGCAAUAGCAUGCGUAAUCGUGUGAGGGAGGUGAGCAUGCUUUUAAAUGUCAUGUUAUCCUGUUGCCAGAUUUCGGGUUGAGGCAUGCUGUUAUCGUGUGUUUGGUCCUGGCUGUCAGGCCAUGUCGGCUUUUCAGUGCAAGCCUGUUCGGUUAUGCACUAGCAUGUGAGUACUACCUCUGCUUGGUGCAGUGUUGCCAGCAUGGGCUGAUUGAUCAUUCGUGGCUGGAGAAAUGGUUGGAUUAGCGCAAGCACUAAAUGCAGUUGAAGGAAUUAACGUUAGCGCUGGCUUACAGAAGCGUAAAACAAAUCCACUACAAAGCAACAACUCAUUAGUUUACAAGCAUAGCUGGUCCUGUCUAUGUUCUCUUUGCAUGCUUUUAUUUGCGUAAGCACUCGUUUAGUGGGGGAUGAAAUCAGAUCUCGAGUUUCCUUUUUCGAAAAUUCUGCAUCCUGUGUGUUACAUUUGAUAUUAGGCUGCUGUAAAGGACUUCAUAGUGUUUGCACAUAUUUAGGAUACUUUUGUUAUGCACCCUACAUUUCUAUAUUACGAGGCUGCCCACUUUUCAGUAAUCAUUCGUUAUUGGUAAACAGUUAUGCAGUACAAAGCAUGCUAAAUCUUUAAGUGGUGUAAAUUUAAACUGUGCAAAAAUUUGUUGGUUGCUCGCCCCUAGUUUUGAUCUCCUGCAUACUUAUAUAGUACCUUCAUUUAGUGUCCACCAGUGCUUCUUGUUAACAGCGGCAUUGUGCAAUAGCAGAAGAGGUAAACGACACAAGAAACAAAUAUUUAUUUUCCACUAUUGGCCCCCAAAUGCACAAGGUGCAAUGUCAUGUGUGAUACUCGAAAUAAAUGAAAUGGUUUAAGAUUUUCGUCAACUCUUAAUAGGCGUACCGCUGCUUUUACCUGUGAAACGAAUGGCCACUGUUCAGUGCCCUGUAUGUUAUUAGUGUUCCGUUUACUGCGUCCUGCACUUGUGUGGACUCUAAUUGUUACUCCAGCCAGAAUCGAGGUAGACUUGGGGAGCUGUUGAUUCGAUGCUAGAAGCAAGUGUUUUAAUGAAAAUUGUUUCACGAAGACUUAAAAUAAAAUGUCAUGGUGUGGCAA